UAACACAAAUAAACAAGAGCCAAUGAGGCGCACGCUGUCAUUUUAUGUGAUAUCACUAGCUCACUGAUAAGAUAAGACAUAGUCAGAUCUGAGGUGUAACUCCAGUGUACUGUCUUACUUUAAGAAAAAAUGUACUUCAAACGAAUACGCGGAGUGUUAGUGAUUUUAAGCGUCCUAAUUUCGGCGAGCUACGGCCAAGCGGUGGAAGUAAAAGGCGGUCCCGCGUGUGACAUUACACAGAGAGAAGACACCCUGACUGUCAACUGUUCCAGAAGGGACAUCGACUCGAUCCCUACCUGGCCGGAGCAGAUCAACAACAUAGAGCAAGUGCACGAUGUGGUGAUAACGUUCUUCAAUAACAGCAUCAGUUUUGUGACUGAGCUGGGCAGCGUGCCCGGCAGCCAUGUUGCCAUCAGCUUCAAGUCCAACGCGAUCGACAACAUUGACGAAGACGCCUUCAGCAACGUGCCUCGCAUGCUUUACCUCGACCUGAGCAACAACCUCAUCACUGGCGAAGUGUUGAGGAGUGAAAUCUUCCACGGGCCUUACAAAAAUGACGUGUACGACAGCAUUGCCCUAGAGACCCUCAACUUGGGCUUCAAUCAGAUACACUCUUUGGACAGAUACCUGUUCCAGUACACCCCAAACCUGACGCGACUGUAUCUAAACAACAACCCUAUAGAGCUACUCGACCACGUCACCGUCCUGGCUUUGUCAAGCGCCGUCAAUUUGGAGGUCCUCGACUUAUCAAAGACUGACAUCGACACUAUACCGCUAGAUGCGUUCAGAGGCUUGCUCAAUCUGCAGCACAUUGACCUAUCUGACAACAGAUUCACCACAGUGCCUGAAAGCUUGAGUCUGGUGGGGAGUACACUAAAAUACCUGACUUUCAACAAGAAUCCUAUAGUGAAACUCGAUGAUGACAGCUUUAUAGGUUUGAACAACUUAAUAGAACUGGAAGUCGCCGAAAACGACUACUUGGAAGAGGUGACGCGGAGCACGUUCUCUCCUCUGAGGAACCUGAGAAUACUGCAUCUUUGUCACAACGAGAACUUGCGAUACAUCAGCCAUAACGCCUUCAGGGGGCUGAAGGACAAGUGGACUUUGAAAGAGAUUUAUCUAGAUGACAACAACCUGAGUGAACUUUCCCCAGAUCUAAUGCCAUGGAACAAGUUGGAGAUUCUAGGAAUGACUGGCAACAACUGGCUGUGCAACUGUGACCUGGCCAACAUAAUCACAACACAGGGGGCAGGUUCCAAAUUCAAACCAAGUGAAAUUCCAUACUGUGCAGCUCCAAUGAAACUGGCUGGAUCCCUUAUAACAAACAUAACAGUUUCCUUCUGCCCUGCUUUUGAUAAAACAUUCACAUCAAAUAGAGGAUUCAGCCUCGGCAACUUGAGCCCAAGACAUGUCAUAUGGAGCAUUCUUGGGGUGGCAUUCAUUGCAUUAAUCGGGAUGAUGCUAGGUAUGUUAGUGAAAGGCAUCAAAACUGUUUAUGUCAAGAGAAUUAAAAAUCAGUCUAUCCGGUAUGUUAACUUGAAAGAAGAUGCCAUCAAUGCCUAAAUGUAUUAUUUUGAAAGGCAAUUUUAGGAACUGCAGUAUUGCAAACAAGUAUUAUAAGUAGUCUUUAAAAUCUGUACAUAAAUAAGAUUUGAGUUAUACAUUGUCUGGAAAUAUAAAAGUGUACUCAAA